AUGCAGCACAGCAAGCCGCAGGUCCGAGCGGUGCCGGUGCCAGAUGAACCAGCUGAAGCGGCAUUACAGACACCAGAUCUGGAGCGGACCAACGUGCAGGCGGUGUAUGAGGACAUUGCGGGUCACUGGGACCACACGAGGCACUCGCCAUGGCCGCGCGUGGCCGACUUUCUGGGCAAGCUAGCGCCAGGUAGCUUGGUCGCAGAUGUCGGGUGCGGAAAUGGCAAGUAUAUGCUGGUGGCCCCGCCACAGUGUGUGAUGUUGGGUAGCGACGUGUGCCGAGGCCUGGUCGAGUUGUGCGGUGAAAAGGGUUUGGAGGUCGCAACAGGGGAUAACAUGACGCUGCCCUAUCGUGAUGGCGUCUUUGACGCCGCCAUCUCCAUUGCCGUCCUACAUCACUUCUCCUCGGCUGCACGACGGCGCCGGGCCAUCUGGGAGCUGGCCCGCAUUGUUCGCCCAGGCGGACUGGUCCUUGUUCAGGCCUGGGCCUUGGAACAGGUACGGUCUCGAAUGAUCAUGCUUCCUGUUUCUUCUGGCUUCAUUGCUAUGGUUCUCACUUGGUCCCUCUCUAGGUAUUGUCACGUGUAUUGUGAAGGCGAGCUGGGCGAGCUGGUAGAGAGCACAGCACAGUUUGAAGUGCAAGAGUGCUUUUACGAUGCUUCCAACUGGUGUGUCAUUGCGCAGCGGUGCACAUGA